AAAACUCAUCCACACCUCACACUAAAUUCUUCCUUCACUAUCAACUCUCUCCACUUUUUUUCCCACACUCAGAAAAACUAUUUAAUUCAAUUCAAAUUAAUUAAUUACAAGGUUGAUUAAUGGUGACCAAAAAGCCCAGAAUCGUCAUUGUCGGUGCCGGAAUGGCCGGAAUCACAGCUGCCAACAAGCUCUACUCAGAUUCCGCUCAGCUUUUCGAUGUCUCCGUCGUCGAGGGCGGGGCCAGGAUUGGCGGCCGGAUUAGCUCGUCGGAGUUCUGCGGCGACCGGAUUGAGCAGGGCGCCACCUGGAUCCACGGAAUCGAAGGUAGCCCUGUUCACGAAAUCGCUCGGCAGAUUAAUUCGCUCCACUCUGAGCAGCCGUGGGAGUGCAUGGACGGGAUUUCUGAAGCUCCGGUCACCAUGGCUGAAGGUGGCCACGUGCUCAAACCCUCGUUCGUCGACCCCAUUUCCUCCCUUUUCAAGAAUCUUAUGGAUUUCGUCCAGGGCAGCCCCGUUGAUAUCGCCGACGGCGUUGUCGGCGCCGAAAUCGCGGAUAAUUGCGCCGGAAAUCUGAGUGUCGGUUCUUUUCUCCGGCGAGGUCUCGAGGCCUAUUGGGCCGGCGGCGGCGAAAAGGGUUUGGAAGGGGUGGGGAAUUGGAGCAGGAAAUCCCUCCAGGAAGCGAUUUUUGCGAUGCACGAGAGCAUACAGAGGACCUUCACUUCGGCGGACGAUUUGUGCAGCCUGGACUACAAUGCCGAGAGGGAUUACGUCAUGUUUCCGGGGGAUGAGAUCACCAUUGCCAAAGGCUACUCCACCGUCGUCGAACACCUGGCCUCUGUUCUCCCGGCGGGCAUGAUUCAAUUAGGCCGGGAGGUCGACCGAAUCGAGUGGCGAAACGGUAAAUCUUCGGAAACCGACGGUGGCCCGCCGCCGGUGAAGCUGCAUUUCGUAGACGGGUCGACGAUGUCGGCGGAUCACGUGAUCGUCACGGUGUCGCUCGGAGUUCUCAAACGAGGGAUCAACCAAGAUUCGAGCUUGUUCGACCCCCCGCUUCCCGAUCGCAAGAACGAAGCGAUCUCGAAACUCGGGUACGGCGUGGUGAACAAGGUUUUCUUGCAGCUCAGCCCGCCGGAAAAUCAAGAACCGACCAACUUCCCGUUCUUGCAAAUGGUGUUCCACCCGCCGGAUUCGGAGUCGAAAAACCCCAACCUUCCUCAAUGGAUAAGAAGGACAUCUUUCUUAUCCCCAAUUUACACCAAUUCAAGAAUCGUCCUGUCGUGGUUUACGGGGCAAGAGGCGCUCGAAAUCGAAUCUUUAUCCGACGAAGAGAUCUCGAUCGGGUUCGAAAAAACCAUCUCGAACUUGUUGUUCGAGACGGAGGGAAUCAAGUUCGACAAGGUUUUAAGGACAAAAUGGGGCACUAAUCCUCUGUUCUUGGGUUCAUACAGCUACGUUGCAGUUGGAUCGAGUAUAGACGAUAUCGAUACAUUGGCCGAGCCGCUGCCGGAAAACAAGAAUCUUGAUUCGCCGCCACCGUUGCCGCCGCUGCAAAUUCUGUUUGCCGGAGAAGCUACACACAGAACGCAUUACUCAACCACACAUGGAGCUUACUUCAGUGGGCUUAGAGAAGCUAAUAGGCUUCUUAAACACUAUAGUUGUAUUGGUAUAUGAAUAAUUUAAUUUGUUUGUUUGUUUGAUUUUGCAAUAUUAUUAUUAUUAAUUAAUUAUUAAUUAGUAGAAACUUUUAGUCAUGUUUUCUUGUUUUUAAUUUCUUGGCCUUUGAGAAACAUAUGCUUAUUAUUGAUUUUUGGAAGAAAAAAAAUAUCUUUGUUAAGG